AUGGAGUUCAGGUCUCUCUCUGUGAUACUCGUGCUGACUGUCCUCAUCUACAGUGGACAAACAGCGAGACCAAAAGCUACAGUGACAAUACAACCAGCUGAUCCUGUGUUCAUCGGAGAGACAGUCACUCUCACGUGUGAUAUAAGAAGUGGAGAUGACUGUUACUAUGACUGGUUUAAGGAUAGUAAACCUCUCAGUGAAGCUGGACGGGGGAAUAAGUACACCAUUUAUUAUGUUGCUGAGUAUCAUAGAGGAGAUUAUACCUGUAAAGGAAGACGGUCAACAGAGCCGAGUUACUCAGAGACCAGUGAUGCUGUUACACUGACUGUAUCAGAUCUACCCAAACCUACACUGACUGUAGAACCAGAGAGACCUGUGUUCAGUGGAGAGUCAGUCACUCUGAAGUGUGAGAUUAAAGGUUAUGAUGGAUGGACGUAUCAGUGGUAUAAACAGGAUCCAUGGGGUGGAUUGAUUACAGUACCUCAGUCUGUGUAUUACAUUGUAAACGGAGACACUCUCACCAUCAGAGGAGACGCUGUGAUUCAUGGAGAUCAGUAUUGGUGUAGCGGACAGAGACGUUACAGACCAACAUCAUCAGAGUACAGUAACUCUGUUACUCUCACUGUAAAGGAAAAACCUAAACCUGAACUCACAUCAAGCCAUAAAGGAGCUGCACUGAUAGGAAAACCAGUGGUUCUGUACUGUAAGCUGGAUCAGUCUGCUGGAUGGAGGUUUUACUGGUUCAAACACACACAGAGCCCUGAGACUGAGACCACGACUGAAACACACUCCUACACCAUCAGCUCGGUCAGUGUCUCUGAAGGAGGACAGUACUGGUGCAGAGCUGGGAGAGGAACCCCAGUCUACUACACUCACUACAGUGAUGCUCUCUGGAUAAACGUCACUGAGAGACCAAAAGCUGUGGUGUCCAUACAGCCUGGUGAUCCGGUGUUUAUAGGAGAGACUGUCACUCUCAGAUGUGACAUACAGGGAGGAGGAGUCUCUAACUGGCAGUACAGCUGGUUUAAAGAUGAUCCAUACAGACGUGUCAGUAAUGAACACCAGUACAGUAUCAGCUCUGUUACAGAGUCUCACAGAGGAAAAUACACCUGUAGUGGAACAGAGAGAGGAACAUCACGCUCCUCACACACCAGUGAUGCUGUUACACUGACUGUAUCAGAAACACCUAAACCUGAACUCACAUCAAGCCAUAAAGGAGCUGCACUGAUAGGAAAUCCAGUGGUUCUGUACUGUGAGCUGGAUCAGUCUGCUGGAUGGAGGUUUUACUGGUCCAAACACACACAGAGCCCUGAGAAUGAGACCAAGCCUGAAACAGACUCCUACACCAUCAGCUCAGUCAGUGUCUCUGAUGGAGGACAGUACUGGUGCAGAGCUGGGAGAGGAACCCCAGUCUACUACACUCACUACAGUGAUGCUCUCUGGAUAAACGUCACUGGUAUGACUCGUUCACACUCUCUGACAGUCAGUCCCAGUAGAGCUCAACAUUUUAGUGCUGACUCUCUCUCACUGAGCUGUGAGAGACAGAGUGACUCUACUGGAUGGAGAGUGAGACGAUACACACACAGUGAAAAGGUGUCAGAUUGUUCAUCAGGCCUGGGAUCAGUUACAGGAUCUACAUGCAACAUCAGCUCCCUCAGCACAUCCCACACUGGAGUGUAUGGGUGUGAGUCUGAAUCUGGAGAGAGCAGCAAUCCUGUCAACAUCACAGUGACCAAUGGUGCUGUGAUUCUGGACAGUCCUGUUCAUCCUGUGACUGAGGGAGAUCCUCUGACUCUGCACUGUUUAUAUCGUGACCCAAAGCCCUCAAACCUCACAGCCGAGUUCUAUAAAGAUGGAUCACUCCUCCAGACUCAGACUACAGGAGAGAUGACCAUCCGUACUGUCUCAAAGUCAGAUGAAGGUCUCUACCACUGUAAACACCCAGAGAAAGGAGAGUCUCCUCAGAGCUGGAUCUCAGUCAGAGGAGCUUCGUUCUCCGUCUUCAGUCUGCUCAGUAGUUUAAUGGCAGUGUCUCCGUAUCUGCUGGUGACCAUUGUGCUGGGGGUCAAAUGCUACAGAGCUCAAGCUAGACCUGAUGAGGAGAACAAGCAGUGACAGAAGCUGGAGCAUGAUGAUGAGUGUCAUGAGUUUUACAUUAGAAUUAUUCAACUGUGUGUUUUAAACCUCUUUCUCUCUUAUUCACAGUAAGUCAGGUUCAUGCUUAAUGAAUAUUUUUGCACAUCUUCAUUUGUUUGUCACUAUUAAUAUUUUUAUUUUUCAGUUCUGUCUUUAUAAACAGUUGA